CACGAUGUAAUCGAGCCUAAGUCACUUACAACGUGCUGCCUUUAUUGAUGUGUGGCCGAAAGUUUGACAUCAUUUUUUUUCUCCGAUCGCUUAUAUGCACCUUGGCUGAUUUAUGCCAAGGUUUGUCUUACUGUCAAUGGAUGUAUCAUGCCCUAUGGAUUUUUCAAUCAGGACAGAGGUUAGUGUUAUUUUCCCCAACCAUUAAUUGUUGUUUAUCCUGAUAAGAUCGAGUCGCUUAAUAACGCUUGUCGAUGACAGUUGCUACUCGAUACACAAGUGUUGCGCAUGCAGAAGAUACGUUGUUGACGUAAUAUUGAUUCGAGGUUGAGUGUGGUCCUUCAACUGCUUUUCUCGUAUUAAGUUCUCAUAUGACAAUCUUCAUAUUUUGGUAAAUCAUAGCGGCCUUUUUCUACUACAUUCCACGCUCCUCAUAUAACUACACUCUGUAUACAUCAUAUCGCAACAACUAGUAGUCUAAAACUAACUUUCAUAUCUGUUUUUGGAAGGACGUAAGAGUAGGACCAAUAUAAUGAUGUUUUCUGUCUGGGCGCGAAAGGGACGCUUGCAGCCGUUGGUGGCUAGAAAACAGACCAGUUGCAAUUUUGUCAAGAAGUUGGAGAACCAACAGGAGAAAAUCUUGGAGAGGAUAUGUAGACCAGGACUUGUUGGACACCGGAGGAACUUUUCGUUCUCUCAGCGCGGUUUUACUUCUCAGGGUGCUGCUGUAAGCUCUAAGGUGGACAACACAACAUUCGCAACGAACCAGUCAUGGGGGUACGAGCCCAUUUUUCAGGACGAGUUUCUCGACACGACGGAAUGGGUCAAAUGCCCGCAGCUGAGUCCGCUAAUUCAAGCGCAGAAACUCGGGAAGGCCGUAGUGAUACAUAUGAUUAUGUUCACGUCGUACGUUCUUUUUAAUGAGGCUUGAGCUCAUGCACAGAAAAGCAAGUACCACGUUGCUUUUACAACAGAACUUUAACUCUUGCACGAUAUAGUCUUUAUAAGAAGUAGAUUCUUCCUGCAGGAGCAGUAACUUGCGACUGCUUAUACUGAUACUUAAUCUUCAUCAUUUUUCAACCUGACUACAACAGGGCGUGAGUUUUACGUAUGUUCCGCCAGAGGUGCUCACGGAAGUGUCCGAGACCUGUGUCCGCCACGUGAAUCAUUUCUACCGACGAAGCCACUUGCUCAUGCUUCACCGAAUCCUGAAUGAUCCAGCCGCCAGUGACAAUGACAAGUAUGUCGCCAAGGAGCUUCUAAACAAUGCCGAGGUGUCGGCGAAGGGCAUCCUGCCAUCCUGCCAGGACACGGGAACCGCCGUGGUGAUGGCUAAGCGUGGCUACAACGUGCUCACGAAUGGCACCGACGAACAGGAUAUCUCUCUAGGCAUCCUGAACGCCUACCAAAACGGCAACCUGCGAUACUCUCAGGUCGCACCACAAACCAUGUUCACGGAAAAGAACACGAAAACGAACCUCCCAGCACAAAUCGACAUCAUGGCGGCACCGGGAAGCAGGUAUAGGGACUUUCAUGACCACCGAUAGUUCUAGCCUUCUUUCUCUUGGUGCAAAUUUUUACACCGAGGUUGGCUCUCAACGUGUGCAUCAAUCCCCAGUCGAGGAGUAGCUGCGUUUAUUUUUGCUUCACAACUAUUUUCAUUCAGAGAUGAUUCCCUAUCCUUUGCAAUGAUAAAGAAUGAAUGUCUCUCAACGAAUUACUUAUUUGAUUUCUCCAGCUACAAGGGCUUGUACAUCGUAAAAGGCGGUGGCUCCGCGAACAAGACCCAGCUGUUCCAGAAGACGAAGGCACUGCUGAAUGAGGCCAGUUUUGAGAAGUUUAUCGUGGAUGAAAUCAUGAAACUUGGAACUGCAGCUUGCCCUCCGUAUCAUCUCGCAGUCGUGGUCGGUGGCCUCGGAGCCGAUCAAAACCUGAAGACCGUCAAGCUUGCCAGCUGCAAAUACUAUGACCAGCUUCCAGACCACGGUAACAACUUUUCAAAUGCAAAUUGUUUAAACCAUUCUUUCCGGUUCCGUGAUAUAGUAUAAUAUGGUCUUAUAACUACAACUUCUUGAUGCCACCUUUGCUUGUGCUAAAAUGGUAACGAACGUUUUUUUGGACGUGGUCUUGUAAGUAAUAAAAUUGGUCUGCUGCUCCGCAGGUUCCGCUAAUGGUCGCGCCUUUCGUGAUCGGGGAAUGGAGAGCAAAAUUCUUUACCAGGCGAGGAAUCUGGGAAUCGGCGCGCAGUUUGGCGGCAAGUAUUUUCUUCACGACGUGCGAGUAAUUCGCUUGCCGAGACAUGGCGCGUCUUGUCCUGUCGGCAUCGGCGUUUCCUGCUCCGCGGAUCGGCAAAUGAAAGUCGCCAUACAGUCGGACGGCGUUUUCUAUGAGAAGCUCGAACAACAUCCGGAGAAGUUGUGGGAGCUCAACCAGGAAACACUCAGAGUAGAAACUAGUGCACUAGACAGCGUGGCAACCGAGGGCGAGGGUAUUGAAACUUUUUACUUUAUUGUAGAAGUUCGAUCCUACUAUCCUUCCUUUUUCUUUUCCUAGUUAGCUUGGCUACACCCGUUUUAUUAUAGAAGUUCGAUGGUUAUGUUUAUGAAUUUCUUAAUAAUUCGUACGACCUCGAUAAUAGUUCUUAUGAGCCAUUUCUCACUCGGGCAAGAAUUUCAAUGUUGUGAAGAUGCACUAUUAACGAUGAAAAUUCUGGAGACAUUUUUAUGUUUUCUUCUACCUGGCAUGCACCAGUCCCUGGUCUCUCAGAAAUGGAGUCGGAAGCCGUUAACGUGGCUGCUGAGAGUAAGGCUGCGUCUGUGGUGAAUAUCGACUUGGACCAACCGAUGGACCAGAUGUUGAAAACCCUACGCCAAUACCCCGUGAAAACCCGAGUAGCUCUCAAUGGAACGAUGAUCGUGGCCAGAGACAUCGCGCAUGCGCGAAUGCAGGGUACAACUUUUAUCUUUUUGUUUCAGCAGUUACAGCUUUGUUUUUUACGUGUUACGAAAAUAGGUGGUGACAGAAGAUACUCCGUGCCAGUGAGUGUGGCAAACGAUUUGGUCAUGAAUAUUGACUACCGUAUAAAGCAUGGAACGGGCUGUUCGGGUAGUCAAUUAAAGACUCCACGUAGGCGAUGCUCUGCUUGAGCCGCCCGCCGCUUACUCAUUGACUUGAGAAGGCUCUCGCUUAAUUGAUGAUAGCAGCGCUUAAUUGGGCUGUCGCUGUAGUACACAUUGUGCUGCACCACUUGAGAAGGCUCUCGCUGAAGCAGUGACUGCAUCACUUGUGCGAGCUCUUGCUUAAGUGGUGACUGCAUCGCUUCAUUGAGCUGUUGCUGAAGUGAUGACUGCGACUUAGUCCAACACUUAUCGCAGCGGCUUUGCGAAACACUUAGCGAAACACUUAACGAUGCACUUAGCGAAGCACCUAGGGAGGCACAUAGCGAAGCGCAUAGCGAAGCACUUAUCGAAGCACUUAGCGAAGCACUGAAUGAAGCACUUAGCGAAGCACUUAGCGAGGCACUUAGCGAAGCACUUAGUGAAGCACUUAGCGAAGUACAUAGCGAAGCACUCAGCGAAGCACUCAGCGAAGCACUCGGCGAAGCACUCAGCGAAGCACUCGGCGAAGUACUUAGCGAAGCACCCAGCGAAGCACUUAAGGAAGCACUUGGCGAAGCACCGAAGGAAGCACUUGGCGAAGCAGUUAGCGAAGCACCUAAGGAAGCACUUGGCGGAGCAGUGAAUGAGGCACCUAACAAAGCACUUACCGAAGCACCUGGCGAAGCACUUAGCGAAGCACUUACGGAAGCACCCAAGGACACUCAGGGAAGCAUUUAAGGAAGCACUUAGAAAACACUUGGCGAAGCACUUAGCGCCUCAGCGUGGCACUUAGUGCUGGGCACUUAAUGAGGCACCUAGCAGAGCACUUAGCGAAGCACUUGGCGAAGCACUUACAGAAGCACUUUCAGAUGCACUUACGGAAGCACUUAACAAAGCACUUGGCGAAGCACUUAGCGAAGCACUUAGCGAAGCACUCAGCGCCUCAGCGUGGCACUUAGCGUGGCACUUAGCGUGGCACUUAGUGCUGCCCCCAGCGUGGCACUUAGCGUGGCACCCAGCGCUGCCCCCAGCGUGGCACUUAGCGUGGCACUUCGCUAAGUAUCUCGCUGAAUGCGACGGGUUCAUAAAUGCAUUCACCUCACCUAUAUCAAUUGCUUGUUUGCAAUUCUUUCCAAGCAACACCAUACAGGCAAGCUUCAGAAGGGUGGCGCAGACGCGCUUCCAGACUACAUUAAGAAGCAUCCAGUUUACUAUGCGGGUCCGGCUAAGACACCCGAAGGCUAUCCAAGCGGCAGUUUUGGUCCCACUACUUCCGGGCGUAUGGAUCCCUACGUGGAACCAUUCCAAGCAGUAGGCGGCUCUAUGAUUAUGAUCGGCAAGGGAAACCGGUCUCAGGCAGUCACGGAUGCUUGCGCGAAGCACGGAGGAUUUUAUCUCGGUACGAAAUGUGAGUUAGUGGCUGAUGGGAACAGUGAAGAUCUUCUUCUGUUAUAAUGCAUACGAGGUAAUGUUGUGCAUUAUCAUUUUAUUCUCCACCAGCAGAUAAUGAUAAUCUUCAUAUUCACAUUGUGAUUUUGUUCUCUGGCCCAACGUGUCUCAUUACUUACAACUUGAUGCUCAGGUUCCAUUGGUGGAAUGGCUGCCACACUGAGCGCCAAUUGUAUCAAGAGCGUAGAGGUAUUGGAUAUGGAGGAAUUGGGAAUGGAAGCCGUUUGGAAGAUUAGAGUAGAGAAUUUUCCAGCGUUUAUUAUCGUCGACGAUAAGGGCAACGACUUCUUCCAGGAGUUCAAGAAAGAAGACGCGCAUAUCCCGGAAGAGGUGAACAGCAGCAUCUACGUGGUGUUGGAGUUCUUCGAAAAUUUGGACCGCAACAGUGAUCAAAUCGUUGAAGCGAUGGAGUUAGUAGAGGGCUUCGACAACCUGACAAUCGAGCAAGCGGAGACGCUGGUUCGAAAAUACGACUUGGGCCAUUUCGGAGGACUCAACCUGGACGAGUUCUUGACCAUGGUGAUGAAGGAACGGGGCCUCAAAAUUGACGGCGAAGGAGCGAGGGAAAAACUACUCAGCGGAGAAUAAGAUUCUUGUAGCUAGUGCUAUUCCAGGAAAGAGGUAAAUUGAAAUGAUUAGUGUUAAUCUUGAAUAAUGUACAGAAAAUGUAUGGACAAAAUCCUAAUUUUUCCGAUACCCAUAACAUAAUGACGCAUCGAUAUGAUUGUAAACCAGGAAUCCGUAUUCCUGGCAUUUUCUUGGUCAACCACACAAUACGUUAAAGUAAAGAAGCGCAAAUCCUCAGAAUCGAAUUAGAGUUCCUGCACCGCCCCUUAAAGAUUACAUUUUCAGAAUAUCUCUUGCAAAAGUUAAGCCCCAUGGUAAGUGUGAAAUUAAUAUCAAUGAAAUUAAUUUCGUUUUUGGUUUUCAAUAUCCGCUCGUUACUUAGGUCAAUCAACAAAGAAAGUGGCAGUUAUGGAUGAUAGUUUAUUUGUCGUAGUUUACUCAGGGUCAGCAAUGCCGGGAGAUUCUUCCGAGCAGAGCAAGUCGUGAAUUAAUCCACAAUCCCUCGAAGGCAUGGUCACAAAGAGAAAGAAGCAUCAGAAUCCAUAGCUGACGUCAAUCGACACCUGCAUCCUCAUGUAUGAAAUCAGACCGCAUCCCGAGGUCAGACUAACGAUGUCAGACGGAGAAUGGUGAUAUAUUGGAUGGCUGUGAUACUUGAAGAGUAAACUGAAAGGUGUAAAAAUUCACGAAUCGUAUUUUGGUUGAGACAUCCAGUAUCUUCUUGGGUAUGUACUACUUAGCGUCGAAAACAUUAGUGUCGACGCGUCCACUGUGCUUCGUCACAUGUGUCGAUGAUUGCUCCCAGGUCUUCGACGUUAGUUGACGUCUCACCGGUGAGGUAGUAUAGACUUGGCUUUGAUGACCGUAAACCCUCAUAUGUAGAUAAUUUACUCAACAUGAUGAUUGAUGAUCAGACCGUAGUGAACUGACGAAGAUGAGCGAUCUGUUGUAUAUUCUCUUCGAUGAUUAGCUUUUUAGCAACACGAGGCAAAAAGUUCAAGGUCCCAUAUAACCUUGGUACAAAAUAAUGAAAUUUGUAUAUGCUAUGUACAGAGAAAGCACGGUAAACGCCAAAACCAGCAUAACACCUUGGAGACUUGAAGAUGUGUCGCGAAAUGACAGCAUAUUUAUGCUUCCAUAGCAAAUUGAAAACAAAAUCACGCAUUAUAGAGUUUUUUAAAAAUCGAACAUUUACUUUGCGCAAAACCUCUGCUGUCG